ACCUGCAGGAGCGUAUCUAUUUGAUUACGGCCAUUGUUGCCAGCAGCCAUUGACAAUUCUUAUAAUUACAGAAUCCUCACUCGAAUCCCAGGUCUCUCAUCCCAAACUCUCACCCAUCGCUUCAUCAUUUGAACCCUUUGAGAUGCGCACAAGACCAGAUGCUUUUUGACGACCUGACAUGAUGGAAACGCGCAAUGCAAAACUUGUCUUGAGUUCAAACCGACGGGAUCGCGCUCGUGUUUGGUUAUCAUGAAACAUGUUGUACGACGGUAUAUUGUAUAAUUAACCUGGGUUGUAUGCGCUGCGACGCAUCGGUACUCUGUCAGCUGUUCACUAGUGAUCAACUAGGAUAGGUUAAAGAGAUUAUGGCGACUCUCAUCAUAUGUAGGGAUCAUUGUUUUGUAACGUUUUUCCCUGCAGUGGGCAUUUGCUGGUCCUUUUAUCAUGUGCAUAGGGCUGGCAAUGGCGGAGCUCGCAUCAGCAGCACCUACUUCUGGAGGUUUAUAUUAUUGGACUUAUUCACUUGCUUCUCCACGAUGCCGAAAUUUUCUCUCGUGGAUAGUUGGCUACUCAAAUACCAUACAGACUAUCACUGGAGUCGCUUCCGUGAACUGGGCUUGCGCAAUUCAAAUCGCUGCCGCGAUUAGUAUUGCCUCAGACCAGGCAUAUGUCACUACCAACGAGCAGCUCUACGGUAUAUACGCAGCUUUGGUCUUGUCACAUGCAGUCCUCGUGAGCCUCGGUACCAAAGUCUUGGCAAGACUGCAGAGACUAUACACAUUUGUGAAUCUGUGCCUUUGCUUCAUAGUCAUUAUUGCGCUUCCAAUCGCAACGCCACGCGAAUACCGAAACAGUGCAAGUUUUGCGUUAGGGAAUUUCACAAACUUGGCUGGCUGGCCAUCUGGAUUCGCAUUCAUCUUGAGCUUCAUGGCUCCUCUUUAUUCAAUAGGGGGUUAUGAUGCCAGCAUCCAUAUGAGUGAGGAGGCGUCAAACGCUGCUACUGCAAUACCAUGGGCAAUCAUCAGUUCUAUUGCAGUGUCGGUCGUUCUUGGUUGGGGAAUAAACGUUUCCCUUGCCUUUUGCAUGGGCACCGACCUUGAAAGUAUCUUAAAUGGUCCUAUCGGCCAGCCUAUGGCGCAAAUCUUAUACACUUCGCUUGGGCAGAGGGGGGCCUUAGCUUUGUGGUGUCUCAUUAUUUCAACGCUGUACAUAGUGGCAUCGAACUCCCUCCUGGUCGGCUCUCGCCAGACAUUUGCAUUUUCUCGUGAUGGAGCCCUUCCCUUUUCACGAUAUUUGUACCGGAUCAAUAGCUACACGCAAACACCAGUUAAUACGGUUUGGUUUGACGCCAUCUUUGUACUGGUGAUUGGGCUUCUUGCGUUUGUGAGCACCGAGGCCAUCAAUGCGGUGUUCACUAUUGGUAUCACUGCAUCGUAUGUCUCAUUCAUAACGCCAAUCACAACGCGCUUUGCGUUCAAGAACGAUUUCAAACCCGGCCCAUUUUAUCUCGGGAAAUUGAGCUUUCCAAUCGCAGCGAUAGCUGUGUCGUCGAUGGUCUUCAUGAUCAUUGUUUUCUUCUUUCCUUCGACCCCGCAAACAACUGCACAAGAGAUGAACUAUACAGUCGUGGUCCUUGGAGGGUACAUGGCCCUUGCGAUUUCCUGGUAUUAUUGCCCGGUGUAUGGAGGCGUCCAUUGGUUCAAUGGACCCGUAGCCAACCUCGCACCGUCCAUGAAAGGAGGAAGCAGAGACGAAAAUUCCGUAUCGAAGAAGGAACAACAGGAUGCAGAACUCUCUGUUUCAGUGGUGGAUGUAUGAAUAAUAUCUCAUUCCAAUAAUCUCAAGCCUCUUGUGCACCAGAGCUUCGCGCAAUCAUCUCCGUCUCUAUUCCCUAAGCACUUAUAUACGUAGUACUCGGUUGAUAUCCCAUGUCGUUUUACUCUCACUUACUCGCUGCUCCUUUAUAUGUAGUACCUGCAAUUCGCCUUUGCCAUUAGUAGGCCGUCGGUGACUCUGCAACGGCUGCGCAGAGAUAAUGAGGUAUCUUUAAGAAUUGAUACUCAUCCUUGGCAAGGCAAGGAACAGUGUUGACAAAACUACUAUCAACUUAGUAUCAUCGCUCUU